AUGGAGAAUAACUCCGGCUCUUUUGAUUCCCGGGGAGCCCAAGAUCCGCUUUCACGAGUUCAUCCACUUGUGCACACGGUUGGGCUUCUUCUUCAGCAGAAUUCCAAUCAAAUUUCUAAUAAUCAACCACUUAAAAACGAAAUCUACUCAACCAUCAAUGAGCAAGUCCAGAAUGCACUUGAAAACUCACGUACAACAAUGUGUGCUUAUGCUUCUAGUCCAAGUUCAUUUACAGAUUCAUUAGUUCUUUGCGUCGCAUUAAAUGCCUUGUUAAAUACACAAACAAGCAAGUUAACUAAUGCAAAUGAAGAACUUGAAUCUCUCAAGCAAGAGAAUAACGCUCUAAAUGAACGCGUAAAGGAUUUACAAGCAAAUAAUGAUGAAAUAUUACAGCAGUUAAAUAACUUUAAGGGUACGCCUUCAAUGAAUAGACAAAUCAGCGACUUAAAGCAAGACUUACAAGAUGCAAAUUCGGCUAUAAAGAUGCAACAACAGAAAUAUCAAAAUGAAAUUGAGCAGUUAAAGCAAAAGCUUCAAGAAGCAAAGAAUAUGCAUGAGGAAUCAGAAUCUCAAGUUUCCCAGAUGCAAUCCGAGGAUAUUAAGUACAAACGCGAAGUUGCCAAAAAUUAUCAAAUUAUUGCAGACGCUUUCGAUGUCCCGACUACACAAGAUGGCAACGCAAUGAUUGCCGCAAUUAAACAGCGCUUCUUACUCGAUCCAAACGAUACAAACAUGGUUCAAAGUAUUUUGACACAAAUUCGCACUGUUUCUAAGAAAUACAACCAACUUCUUGGAAAAUUCAAUGUUGGCGCCAAUUCUGAGAACCCACAAGCCGAAAUUACAGAAAAUGUUGAGAAAAGUUAUUCCCGCAGCGUUUUAGCUCAACUUAGAUCAGAAUACGAGAUCGAUCCAUCAACUACAGAUAUUAUUGACGCAGUCCAUGACAUUUCCGCCAAUCCAACAACAAUCUUAGAAGAUAUGAUCAAAUCCUUCGAUCUUCCAGAAGAAACGAAGCAAGACGAGCUUGUAGAUGCCAUCAAAUCCAAGUUUGCCGGUUCAUUCCAAGAAGAAGAAUCAGUUUCUCCAGCGGCAAUUGCUCUCAAAGAAGAAAACGACCAAUUAAAGCAGAAACAACGUCUCCAAGAGAUGCUUCUCGGCAUCAUCAGUACUCCUCCAGUUGUUUUCGAGCGCUACGGUGAAGAAACAUCCGAAAUCCAAACUCGUGAUCUUGAUAUCGAGAACGAUCUCGAAAACGAGAACAUAACUCAUAUCCAGAACAUCGCAUCUGACCUUGACGAAGCCCAGAAGACCCUCGAGCAGUACCAGGAGAUCCUCAAAGACAACCAAAGGAAACUUGACGAACUUACAAAGUCCAGAGACGAACAGAUCCAAGCCGCGAAGAGAGAAAUCAGGAAUACUUACAAAUUCAAGCUCGAAAAGCUCGAAGGAAUCGUCCAAGCCCUCACUCCGAACGAACAAAUCAUCGACCAAUUAAAGAGGAAACUGAAAACCGUCAGCCAAACAAACAAAGAAUUAGCGAACAGAGUUGUUGAAUACGAGAAAGCUGUAGAAGAUUCUAAUGCAGAGAAAGAAGCUCUUCAAUCACAGCUGAACAGUAUCCAACAACACGUUCAAGAUCUCGAGAAAGAGAACGACCAAAUUCAUCAAGAUUUGGGAAGUUCUCAAAAACUUCUUCAAAAAUCUUCAGAAAAAUCCGAAGAACUCGAGAAACUCCAGCAGAUCAUCAGUGAUCUCACAAUGAAUAACCAGACAGCUAAUGAAGAACUCUCGGACACAAUAUCACAGAGAAACGACUUGUUGACAUUGAUAAACAAGCAACAACAAGUAAUUGUCAGUUUGGAAGAAACCGUUCAAAGAAGAGAAGAAAAAAUUGACAAUUUACAAACUACACAAAAACAAGAAUCAGAUGAUGAUAUUGUUGUUGUCAAGAGGGAUCUCGAACAAGAUGAUUUAAUAGCUGAAGCACUAAGUGAAGUUCCUCUUCAAAACAGAGAUGAUGAUUUGAAUGAUUUGAAACAAAUUCAAAAUUCAGAAGAAAAUGAUCGUGAAAAAUCACUUCGAGCUUUGAUUUUGUUGUUAACAAAGCUGAAUGAAACAAACAAGCAGAACCAAGACUUGUUGAAGGAGAAGGAAGAAUACAAUGACAAGAAAGAAAUCAUCAACAAACUCAAACAAAUGUUGAAUCAACAACUUUCUUUCAUUGAAAAAAUUUUGUCAGGAAAUGACAAAGACGUCAGUGAUGACAUCAAGAAAUCUCUCACAGAGAAUGUCGCAAGGAUCCAUGAUUACCUCGAGCAGGAAGCACAGGCUUUCACUGAGGAAUCAUCCCUCUUCGACACAUUAAACAUAAGAGCUGAUCCCCUUCAAAUGAAGAAAGGUUUAGAAGAUCUUUUCGACCAGUUCGAAACAAUUGAUACAGAUGAAGGUGCACAACUACUAAUACUUUUAAGACAGGCAAUCACUGCUGCUAUGAUACUCAAGAGAUACGCAUCAGAAGCAAUGAAACAAUGCCAGAAAUCUGCAAAUGAACUCAAAUUACUAAAAAGUGACAUGGACAAUUUCAGAAAUGAAUGCGAACGCAGGGCAAACAACAAGAUGAGGGAAGCAGAGAUAAGAGGUGAAGAAGUCGCUAAAGAGAAGGAAGAUGUCGAAAGAAAACUCACAGGAAUUCAAAAUAUUUUGAGAGCAAAUUUGACAAAUCCUGAUGCUUUGAAUGCAAUUGAUGAUUGUUUGAAGGAACUAAACAACGGAGCUGAUUUCAACCUCAAUGAAGAAGAACUUCAGAAAUCAGUUGAAGCAGAAUUGAUCGAAAACCGCCGAAAAUUGAGAGAAACCGCUCAACAAUUAGAAGAAACGAAGACAGAAUUAGAAGAACUCAGAACUACAACGACAAGAGAAAUCGAAGAGAUCCAACAAGCAUCUGGACAAUUACAAGAUGAUGCACAAACAAUAAUUCACAACCAAGGCGAUGAAUUGUUGAAAUUAAAGGAUGAUUUGAAGAACGCAAAAGAACAGUUCGAAAAGAUGAAACAAGAGUUUGCAGAGAUCAAACAGACAAAUGAUGACUUAAAGAACAAACUCACAAAUGAAAAGAAGAGAGCUGAUGACGCAGAGAAGACAAAACAAGAAGAAAUAAACAGAAUUAAAGAAAAAGCUUCAUCAAAAGUUGGCAAAGUAAUGAAGAUACUUGCUCAAGAACAGAAAGCAAGAAUCGACAAACUUUCUAACAGAAUUAAGAAUAUACAACAUGAAUUACGUCUAAGAGAUGAAGAAAUACAACAAAAGGAUCAAAUAAUUCUUGAACAAAAUGAAUCAAAUGAAAAAUUGUCUCAAAACUGCACACAGAUUGAAGAAGACCUCAAACAGAGUAAAACAGAGUCUGAGAACACAAUCAACGACUUAAACAACAAGAUUAGAGAACUCUCUGAACAAAACAAGUCAUUGGAAGUCCAAAACAAACUUUUGAACACAACAUUGAAGACAAAUGAAGAAAAAAUGAAGAGAGAAAAGAAAUCACAAGAAAGUGAAUCGAAACUCAAACAGUUCAAGCAAGAAAGUGAGAUCCAAAAGAGAAUAGACGAAGUAAAUGACGAAAACAACCAAAAGAACAAAGAAUUUUUGAGACAAAUCCAGUCAAUUUUCAUUGAUUUGGCUGAUUUCACAAAACCACUCAAUAAUUCUUCUGUUUUGCAUUUGCUUUCCGAUGUCAUUGACAAGAUGAAGUUGUUGACAAGAGAUGCAGAGAAAGCAAACGAUUACGAACGCCAGAUCAAAGAAAUCAGGACAAUUACAAAUUGUUCUAAAGGAAUGAGAACAACAGCUGCUGUUUCUGAUUUGUUACAAAACAACAAAGAAUUGAAAGAGCAAAUCUCUCAAAACAAUAAAGAACAGAACCCACAUUUAGUUGAGAAACAACUCAAUGAUUGGGAGGAAUGGGGUAAGAGAAUGCACAAGGUUUGCGCUUCUUCAGUAGCUCUUCCAAGUGAUUCUAACAAACUUAGAACUGAACUUGAAACAGCUUUGUUCGCUAUGACAUCUGAUAAAACUUUGAUGAACAAGAUGGAUUUGUUGAGGUCCCAAAAGAGAUUACUUAAAGCUGUUGACGGAGAAGCUUUGAAACAACAAAAGAGUUCAUCUUCUCCUAGUUUAGUUCCAGUUAUUUGUUUGUUGAUGUUUACUCGUAGAUUGAUGAAAAUUGCAAAAGUUUUGCCAAGUCAGAUUUCAUUCACUACAAAACCUGAUGAUGUAAAAGUUCCUGUAAACGAAGAAGUUGACGAACAACAGCCAAAAAGUCCCAAAAUGAAAUCUCCAAAGUCUAAUUCCAAAUCAAUUUCAUCAGUCUUUGGUUCUUCUGUAUUGAAUUAA